AUGGCCGCAAAUUCAAGCUCUCCUGGCACAUCAGUGAAUCGAGAAGUCAAAACUUGUCACCAGUGUCGUCAGCAUAGGAGCUCUGCUACCGCGUGCAAAGGUCAGCGGAAAAGGAAGCCCUGCACUUUGCUAUACGGAGAGAAGGCAGAAGAAGCUGAAGCAUCUGAGGUAUGGAGUUGUCCAAAGUGCCGAGACAUAUGCAAUUGCAGUAUCUGCAGAGCAAAGCGAGGUCAUUUACCUACUGGUAAUCUUAGCCAUAAAGCCAAGGCAGCAGGGUAUUCCUCCGUUUCUGAAUUACUGCAUGCCAAAGGUCCUGAAAAUUUUGGUCUUGUCAAGAAUGCAAAUGAAACCGGUGCUUCUCUAAAAAGGCGGCGUGCUUCAAAGAAGGAGAUUGAAGCACAAGGAAAGAAAGGAAAGGAACUUGUGGUUUUUGAAGGAACUGUCCUUGAUGCACAACCUCUUACUGCCAUUCCACUGCAACAAUAUACAAUGGAGGAGCUGAGUUAUCCAUCUGAAGAUAUGAUGGAAGAAGUUGGUGAAGCAGCCGAGGAUGUUAAUGCUGAAAAUGAUAUUUCUUCUAAGAUUGCAGUCCCUGACCGCCCAAAAAAUUCUGAUGAAAACGGAAAAGAGUUUGUUGGCGUGGCAGAAAACUAUGCAGCAGGCAAGAAAAUGUUUACCGAUCAACCCUUUCUUGAUUCACCUGAGAACGGAAAGGCUAUGGAGGAGGAAACAGAAAGAGCCAAUCAACAAGUCGAUGAAGAGGCUGAUAAGAAGAAACCCGAUAAUUUGGUAGCUCUCGGAAAUAAGGUGGACAAACUUAGUACCAUGAUCACUGGGAUCGACAAAAGAAUUGCUACAAUGAGUGAUGAUUUCAAAAAUGUUUCCGAAAAUACUCACAUUUUGAGUCUAGUCAUGGAAAUCUCGAAUCGGCUUGGCGUUUCUGUUGAUGAGGUCAGAAAAGGAGAGGAAAGAUUGGGAGAAGAUUCAUGCGGAGUUGAAGCUAAUCAAGAGAAGAAUGAUGGUGAUCAGGAGAAGGAUGAUUAA